GACUUUAAUCUAGGUGAAGAUGGCUGCCACUACUGGAAACGUGCGGGCCACGGGCGAGUCUGUCCCCGAAAUCUUCGAGUCUAUGGACUACGGACCGGCUCCGGAAAGUCCAGACGUCGUAAGGGCUUGGUUGGAUAAACAUGACCGCAGCUUUGGUCACUUCAUCAAUGGGAAGUGGGUAAAACCAGAGGGGAGGAAGACUUACCAGACUAAAUGUCCUGCUACAGGUGAAGUUCUGGCUACAACAAUCCAGGGUGAGGAUGAGGAUGUAGAGUUGGCCGUGGGGGCAGCGAGGAAGGCGUUUGAGUCAUGGAGCACACUACCCUGUCAUGUCAGGGCUCGCUACCUGUACAGUAUUGCUCGUAAUGUGCAGAAGCACCAGCGAAUCCUGACGGUUAUGGAGAGCCUGGAUAACGGGAAGCCGUUCCGUGAGUCUCGUGACGCGGACGUCCCUCUGGUGGUGCGACACUUCUACCACCACGCCGGCUGGGCGCAGCUCAUGGACACCGAGAUGCAGGGGUGGAAACCUAUAGGUGUUGUUGGAGCGAUUGUUCCGUGGAACUUCCCCCUGAUGUUGCUGACGUGGAAGGUUUGCCCUGCGCUGGCCAUGGGGAACACUGUGGUCCUCAAACCUGCCACAUACACACGGAUGUCUGCUCUCAUGUUAGCCGAGAUCUGCGCUGAAGCUGGGCUCCCUCCAGGUGUGUUUAACGUUGUGACAGGUAACGGCAGGUUUGGGAGUAAACUGGCCUGUCACCCUGAUGUGGAUAAAGUUGGCUUUACUGGCUCAACGGAGGUUGGACAGCUGCUGAGGCGUGCGGUAGCAGGUACAGGUAAGAAGUUGUCCCUGGAGCUGGGAGGGAAGUCUCCCAUCGUGGUGUUUGACUCAGCAGACCUGGACAGUGCUGUGGAGGGGGUGGUGGACGCCAUCUGGUUCAACCAGGGACAGGUGUGCAGUGCAGGGUCCCGGCUGCUUGUCCAGGAGUCUGUGUUUAACCCCUUCAUCACUAAGCUGAAGUCUCGUAUGAACCACCUGAGGGUCGGGGACAGUCUGGACAAGUGUAUCGACAUGGGAGCUCUGGUGGACGAAAGUCAGAUGAAAACUAUAAAAGAGUAUGUGGAGGAGGCCAGGAAGGAAGGGGCUGAGGUUCACCAGGUAUCAGCCAGUUUCCCCAAACAUGACAAGGGGUUUUUCUACCCUCCCACCCUCAUCACUAAUGUGCAGACUGUGUCGAGGGUCGUCAGAGAAGAGAUUUUUGGCCCAGUGUUGGUAGCCCUGCCAUUCCGUACUGCUAAGGAGGCCAUCGCCCUGGGUAACAACACUAACUACGGGCUGGGCGCCAGCGUCUGGACAGAGUCUAUUCCUCUGGGACUGGAGGCUGCAGUUAGCCUGAAAGCAGGCGCUGUGUGGGUGAACUGUCACAACAUGUUUGAUGCAGCGGCUGGGUUCGGAGGCUACAAGGAGAGUGGGUACGGACGAGAUGGGGGUAAAGAGGGUCUGUAUGAGUAUGCCAAGCCUGCCUGGCAGGACAGACCUCGGCCCAACUGUGGUGAAAUCAACUACACGACGUUUGCUGCCAAGUACGGAGCUACCGUACCCCCCAUGCCUGGCAGUGGUACAGUCGGAGACAAAAGUCUGACAUCAGAUGGAGCUAUAGUACCAGGGAUUGACCGGACAUACAAACUGUACUACGGCGGAGGUCAGAAGAGGCCGGAUGGGCAGUACUCGCGGCCUGUGAUUGGUCAGGAGGGGAGGGUACUGGCGCUGGUGGGUGAGGCCAACAGGAAGGAUGUCAGGAACGCUGUGGAGGCAGCACACAAGGCUGCUCCUGGUUGGGGGAAGCGUGCAGCCCACAACCGUGCCCAGAUUGUGUACUACAUGGCGGAGAACUUGGAGAUCCGCCGACAGGAAUUCACUCAGCAGUUACAGCUGAUGACUGGCCGCAGUGAGGAGGACUGUAGGAGAGAAGUGGACCUGGCAGUACAGAGGCUGUUCUACUGGGGAGCCUACUGUGACAAGUAUGGAGGAACUGUGCAGGAAACGACCUUAUAUGGAGUCACAGCAAAGAUCCAUGAGCCAAUGGGAGUGAUCGGUAUAGCCUGUCCUGAGGAGUACCCACUGCUGGGGUUCGUGUCGCUGUUUGCGCCCGCCGUGGUCCGUGGGAACGCCAUGAUUGUCGUACCCAGUCAGAAACAUCCGCUCAGUGCCUUGGACUUCUACCAGGUGUUUGACACAUCUGACCUGCCAGGGGGCGUUGUGAACAUCCUGACAGGAGACAGGGACCACAUCACCAAGUACCUGGUGGAGCAUCAGGACAUACAGGCCAUGUGGUACUUCGGCUCUGCUGAGGGGUCAAAGUUCGUAGAGUGGACCUCUGCGGAGAACCUGAAGCGUACCUGGGUGGAUUAUGGGAUAGCUCGUGACUGGACAGACGCCCAGCAGGGCCAGGGGGAGGAGUUUCUGUAUCACGCCACCCAGGCCAAGAACAUCUGGCUGCCAAUGGGAGACAUCUUUGCUAAUUGAUUGACAGCUCAUUUGCAUAUCAGUUUUAUUGUUUGUAGCAUCAACUGUAAUACAUUGUGUUUUGUAGAUAGUAGUACGAUACAUUAUACUAUCAAACUCUGUCAGUAUUGUUUGUAACUUUUAUCUUAAAUAGGCACUGUUUGCAUAUUUUCUUUUCUUCACAAUGAAUAGUAUACAUACACGUACCUCAUUUUGUUGUUAAAAAUUUGCUAACAAGUAUUUUGUGCAAAAUAGAUUAAUAUGAUAAUUUGUAGUAAAUGUUAGUGUGCUUGGUAAGCAUUUCGUCAGGAAUUAUUAUGAUGUCACAAGUCUAAUUCUUUUAAAACUCAAGAGAUUUGUAAUAAGAUUAUGAAGAUUAGCUAAUGAUGCUGGUACUUUUUGAUACCUCAAUGUCAUAUUUGUCACUUGGUGGUUUAGAAAUAAUGAUGACAUAGACAUGGAAUUCAAAUGUCUUCCAAAACAUCUGUUUUCUAUGCCCAAAUUGGCUUGGUACUUUCUGCUGUAAGUGUUCUAUAUAAUUAUACAUAUAUCACAUGGUGAUCACUGUAAAUUUUGUAUCAGGCAUGGACCUCAAUUGUCUUCCAAAAAGAUGUAAAAUUGAUCUAUUUUUGACAUUUAUCAGGUUUGUGUGGAACUGCAAGCAGUUUUUUUAUCAAUUGAAAGAUGACACUGAAUAGGUGUGACUAAAGUGGAUAAAAACAAUAAUUGAAUAAAUCUCGUAUGGAAUAUGA